CCUGAGUUUUGAGUUUGAGAUUGUGCAAGUGCCGAUAGUUAGGAUAGCGACCCCCGGGAGCCUGGGAGAUUCUGGUAUGUACGGUAGUUACGGUGUACACAGUCACUUUCCAGACUUCCACUGUCCAGGCUCCAGUAUGUAGGUAAAUUAGAGUAGGAAUGCAUGGUCGCAUACUCUACAUACCGGUACUACCUGGUACUACUGUGGUUACUAGUAGGUUGUAGGUAUCGAACAGACAGUGGACAGUGGACACAGGCGAUAUCUAGGUAUCCCGAGGGCACCACCGCACCGUACUAUUAUCCCGAGGGCACCGUACUAUUAUCCCGGGGGCACCGUACUCUACUGGUACUACUCUGGGUAUCCCGAGGGCACUAAACUAUGUGCCCUCUACCGUAGUUACGCCGCCGCCGCCGCAGGCCCGCAGCAGCAGCAGCAGCAGG